CCCUCCUAACCUGCUAAACGAUCCCCUUCAAACCACCCACCACCCUCCUCACCACUCAGUUCUCCCUUUCCACAUCAGUAUGGGGCUGGUAUGACAUCACUCAUUCCCACGCACUCUGAUUGGCUGGCCAGUGGAGGGAAGAGGAUUGUUCCUGCAGCCUACAGUGAGAAAUUAAGAGAGAGAGAGGGAGAGAGAACGUGGGAGAGAAAGACAGAGGUAGAGAGUGUGUGAGAGGGAACGAGAGAGAGAGAGAGAGAGAGAGAGAGAGAGAGGGAGAGGGAGAGGGAGAAAGGGACUAAGCAAGAAAGAUUGAUGCUGAGGCAAGCCGACACUGCACUGCUCUCACUCACUUACACACAAACACACACACACACACAUGCACAAACAGUAUCACACAUACACUCACAUCACACUCCAAAGCUGCUUAACAGGCAGGAAAAACACUGAGUCUGACUGAGUCGGCAGCCCGCUACUGCAGGACAGGACAGCAAGACAAGAGGAGAACAGGAGGGUGAAACAUUCCUCCCUGCUUUGCUUCAGAGCAACAGUUUCACCGUUGUCAUCUCGGGAGGUUCAGUGCUCCAGGGAGCUCUUUGAAGACACCUCCCCAAAAAAAAGGGGAGGCAGCAAGGGCAGGAGCAAGGGCAAGUGUAGCCUCUCCUGGAGGUUGCCGUGAAUGUCCUCUCAACGUCCUCAUGAAAACAGGCGGGAAUCAAGGUGUAGUCUGGGGUACAAGAUGGCACGACGAGCAGGGGGCGAAGGCUCCCCGAAAAAGAACACAUCCCUCAACCUGGUGACGGGGUUCUUCCACUACCUGCGUGAUGAGCAGGAGGCUGUGCAGAAAAGGACAUUCACAAAAUGGAUCAAUUCCCACUUGGCAAAGCGUGUUCCGCCUCUGGUGGUGACAGACCUCUUUGAGGAUAUCAAGGAUGGCGUGAUGCUGCUGGCCCUGCUGGAAAUCCUCUCUGGACAAAAACUGCCAUGUGAGCCAGGCAAGAAGCUAAAGAGGAUCCACUGGGUCACCAACAUCGGUACAGCUCUCAACUUUCUUGAGGGUAGGAAGUCUGCCUACAGAGGAUCUCCGAUCAAGCUUGUGAACAUCAACUCCACAGACAUUGUUGAUGGACGGCCAUCAAUUGUAUUGGGGUUGAUGUGGACCAUCAUCCUCUAUUUCCAGAUUGAGGAGCUGACUUGUAGCCUACCAGCACUUCAGGCCUUGUCCAGCAGCACUUCUUCACUGGACAGCUCCACCAGCAGCACUGAAACCACCAGCCCACCUGUCAAAAGAAAACCCCUCCCACCUAUGCAGGGCGGAGCCAGAAAGGCACUACUAAGAUGGGUCCAGCAGACAGCCACCAAACGUCUGGGCAUUGAGGUAAAGGACUUUGGCCCCAGUUGGCGCACAGGGUUAGCAUUCUUUGCAGUUAUCCAUGCCCUUCGGCCCAAUCUUGUUGACAUGGAGCGUGUAUGGGGGAGGCCCAACCAAGAAAAUCUGCAGGAAGCCUUCUUAUUGGCUGAGACAGAGCUGGGCGUUCCACAACUUCUCGACCCAGAGGAUGUUGAUGUAGACAAGCCAGAUGAGAAAUCCAUUAUGACAUACGUAGCCCAGUUCCUGAAGCAUCAUCCUGAACGAAAGCAGAGCGACUCAGACGGACAGCCAGAAGAAGAGCAAUGUCUUGCUCCUCGGGAUAUAGAGGAAAUGUUGGAGAGAGAGCAGCUAAAGAGCCUGAGGGAGCUCAAAAUGUGGCUCAACCAGCUGGAGAGAGAUACAAUACAGGCUCAGGAGACUGAGGGCAAUCUCACUCAACAGUACCAGUUGUUCAAGAGUCUGCAUGUCCAGUUGGAAAUGAGGAGGAAGCAGGUGGAUGGAGCUUUGCAGUCCACUCAGAAGGAUGGGAUGCUGACUGUGGAUCAGGCUCUGGUCAAACAGGCCUGGGAAAGAGUCUCUAAUAUGCUGUUGAACUGGCAUCUGCAGCUGGACAGGUCUCUGCCGGCUCCUCUGGAUAUGGUGGGGGCGUGGCUGCAUGAGGCUGAAGGAGCCCUGCGACAAGAGAUCAUCGUCCAUCAGGCACACGAUGUGACAGCUACCACUGUGCACAGGGCUCUGGAGCAGCACAAGGAUGUGUUGAAGAGCCUGGAAAGUCACCAGCAAGUAUUUCAGAGGAUCCAUAAAGACAGAAGUGUUGAUGGAGUCCCUGUUCCCCCAGACCAGCUCCAAGACAUGGCUGAGAGGAUGAACUUUGUCUCUACAUCUUCUAACAUCCACUUGUGUAGAAUGGAAUUCCAGGAGAACAAACACCACAUGCAGGGCUUCCUCACUCUAGCCGAGUCCAAGCUCAAAUCCUGGAUCAUAAAAUACAGCCGACAAGAGUCCGUGGAACUGAUGCUCCACAACUAUGUUGCAUUUGUGGAGAAGCAACAUUUCUUUGAAAAUUACGAGGCAUUGUUCCAGUCCCUGAAACUGUCUGCUGAGGCCUAUGUCAAUGCUGACAGCUCAGUGGACGAGGGUGAGAUGGGAGUGCGCAGGUUCAUGCGGGAGGUGGUGACACAGUGGAGGAGUUUAUCCAUGGAAGUGCGCAGUGUGAGGAGCAUGCUGGAGGAGGUGCUGUCCAACUGGGAGAGGUAUAGCUCUACUGUGGCCUGCUUACAGGCCUGGCUGGAGGAUGCAGAGGAAGCCCUGAGCCGGCCAGAAAACACAAAACGGGAGUUUUUCAGGAAUCUCAGCCACUGGAUAGAUCAGCAUGCAGCCAUGAAUGACUCUGGGAAUUUUCUCAUUGAAACGUGUGAUGAGACUGUGUCGCUUGAUCUCAAGCAGCAGCUACUUCUUUUGAAUGGACGAUGGAGAGACCUCUUCCUCCAAGUCAAACAAUAUGCCCAUGUAGAUGAGCUGGAGAAGUGGAGAAAAGACCAUCUAAAGGCUGUGUCAGCCCUCAAAGAGCUGCUGGACACAGCAGAGGCCACGCUCAGUGUUCCUGUCCAGGUGUCUUUUCUUAACGUUAGAGCCUUUCUGCAGGAUGUGGAGAAUACCAAGCAAAAGGUUGUUGCCAUGGAGACACAAUACAAGUUGGCUGCCCGCAGUGCUCAGCUCCUUGCCAAGGAUGCGUCACAGGAUGAGGCUGCCAGGGUCAUGGCAACUAUGGCAACAGCCAAAAGUCAGCUGAGUAAGGUGAGAGAGCGGUGUCCCUCCCUUGUGAGGGAGUGUCAUGUCCUUCUGCCACUGUUGGAGGAGAUGGAGAAACACAUCACUGUUUUUUACCAAGCCCUGGAGCGGGCCAGUCGCAUCACUUCUGCUGCCAGAGACCCAGACACACAGACUCAGGCCCAGAAAAAACAAAAGUGGCAGGAUUUGUUAAACCAGCAGCAAAGCUGUAAACGCUGUCUGUCUGUGAUUGAGAGGAAUCACAACACACUGCAGAGGGCGCUCUCCACCAGUAAGGUGCUCCGAAACUUCGACCUGUCCCUGCUGCAAAAGAGAGUGGCUGAAAUACAGGGCUCAGCGCAGGCUUUGCUGAAGGAGGUUGGGGAAUGGAGAAGGCAGGAAGAGGCCAACAACUGCCUGAGGAGGAGGUUUGAAGAAUCAAGACAAGAGCUGGAGAGAGUGCUGAAGAAAGCUCAGGGCUGCUUGAGAGAGACUGGAGACGCUGAGGAAUUACUGAAGAAACACAGUGAUUUUUUGGGCCAUCUGGACCAGCGGUUGCUGAGCGUGUUCUUGAAGGCAUGUGAUGAGCUGACUGACAUCUUACCACAGGAGGAGCAACAGGGGCUGCAAGAAACUGUCCGCAGGCUACACAAACACUGGAAGGACAUCCAGGGCGAGGUACCGUCUCACCUGCUCCGUCUGAAAGUGGAGGUGGAGCGAAGUCGAGUGGCUGUGAUCAUACAAGACUGCAGAGCAGAGCUGGACAGAGAAAUGCAAGCCCUGUCUGGCACCUGCACCAGUGAGAGAGUGAUCAAAGAGCACAGAACUUUUUUCAGGGAACGCAAACCUCUGACUUUGUGUGAGAAGAGGAUUAGAAACAUGGAGGAUCUGUGUCAUAAUUUACCUGACAACGACGCGGCUCAUCGAACGCUAGACUCCACCAGGAUUGCUGUAGAGGAGGUUACAGAGCAAAUCAAGAGUACCCACCUCAAACUGGAACAUCACUCUGAUAAAUGGAAAGAAUGGAAUGAGAGGUUCUGUGAGCUUUCUGAUUGGCUCUCCUCUCAGAAGAGGCAGGUGAGGCUUUUGCGAGAGACAGCGAGAAAUUCCAGCCAUCAGGAGCAAGUUGAUGUUGCUGUUCAGGCACUGCAGGAAGCAGUAGAUGCCCGAGAGGAGAGCCUGUUGUGGCUUAAGAGCCGUCUUGCUGGGCUGUCUGAAGUUAGCUCUGAACUGGAGGUCCAGAGACAGAGAACGGCCCUGGCCAAACUCUCAACUGACUUGCGGGCACUCUUUUCUUCACUCUGUCAGUGGGGUGAGGAGGGCUCUGCUGUGUUCCAGUACAAGGAGCUGAGGGAGGAGGUGAGUGGUGCCCUGGAGGAGGUUCUGAGAGUGCAAAGGGAGGCUGAGGAGCAGACCAGCAGGAUCUUGGAUGCUGAGGGCCUGGAGGAGGCCAAACAACUUUAUUUUAUUCACCAGCACCACCUAAAGCGCCUGCAUGCUAACCGGAGAGAGGCGGAGCUUCUGGUGGCCCACUGCCGCCAGCUGCAGAAAGGGGAGGGGCUCAGUCAGUCUCUAAGGGAGCUGGAGGGAACUUUCAGAGAUGUCGACCACAAAUCAGGGACAAAGGAGCACAACCUGCAGGCAACUCUGAGCUCCUGGCAGAACUUUGAAGCGGAAAGAGAAACGGUUUGGAGGUUUAUCAGUAAUACCAACAAUGAGCUGCAUAAAGAACUAAUUUUUAACAGCCUGGACAGCCUGAAAACUGAACUGGAGCAAAACAAGGAGCUCCUUACAAAGGUUGAGGAGUGUUCUGUGCAAGCAGAUCUCCUCCUGGAGAAGGCAGCAGAUAUUCAGCUUGGUCCGAAAAAUCGGACUCUUCUUCUACAGCAGGCCCAGUCCACCAGAGAAGCUGUCACACAACUUCAAGACCACCUCAACAAGAAUUUUGUCCACCUGGAGAUGAUGUGUAUGUGGUGGGAGCGCUUUAGCAGUGAAUCAGAGGUCUUCUCUCUGUGGAUCAAUGAGAAAGAGAAGGAGCUGGAGGCUGUCAACUCCACCUCCUCCUUAGAUCCUCUGAACAAACACAUCAGCACAGUGAAUGCUGUGGCAGAAGGUUUAGAGGAGAGAAGGGCAGCUCUGGCCCACAUGGAGGCAGACUGUGAGGCCCUGUCGAGUUGUGUGACCCCUGGAGAGACUGGACGUAUCCGGUCACGACUUGCACAGAUGAGGCGCUACUGGGAAGAGUUGAAGGGAAGAGCAGAGCAGCUGGGAGGACAGCUCAACCAGAGCGCCUCUUACUGGCAGAGAUACAACAAUAACCUUGAACAGGUCAAGAAAGCAAUGAGUGAACUUAAAGAGAAGUUUGACUGUCCAGUCACAUACUGUUCAUCAUCAUCUGAGACCUACAAAAGCCUGCAGGAUCAUGUGGAGGUCUGCCAGGCUGUUGAGCAGCUGAACCCCAGGCUGAUGGCUUUGUGUGCGGCCAUGAAGAGGCUUGGAGAGGGCAGCCAGCUGGAGGAAGAGGUGGCUAACCUCCACAAGCAACAGAGAGAGUUUAUGGAAAAGGCAACAGAAAAGCAAUCUACAUUAGAGAGCCUUCUUGCACUGUGGCAAAGAUUUGAAAAGGAGAGUUCGUCCAUUAAAGGCUGGCUGAACAGGUGUGAGUCUGUUUGCUGUCCAGACACAGACCUGCUUUCUGCAGACAAAGUAAAGCUUAGGAAUGAACUACUAAACAUAAAGGAAAUGCAGGGGGAGAUGGCAUCCUAUGAGGUUCUUCUGCAGGGUCUUGUCAAUCUUGCGCUCUGUCUGUACCCCACGACGCCUGAAGCUCGUAUCGAAGAGCUCAGCAAUGAUCUCGCACAACUACAGGGAAGAUGCACUUCUCUGAAGAACAGCACAUCACACAGGCUUGAGCUGCUGGAGUCACAGUUGUCACAGCUGGAGCAGUUUGAUCAGGCACUGCUGACUCUGACCCAAAGGGGUGAACACUUCCUGUCUGGCUUGAGAAGUUCUUCCCAGGUUGAUAUUGCCUGUCUUGAGGGUGCAAUUAGUAGGAUGAAGGAGCAUGAGGUGCAAUUGCAGGCACAUGCAUCGCUAAAAGACACUCUUCAGCAAAGAGAGUCCUCCCUGCUUCGCUGCUCCACCUCAGAGGCCCAACAGCAGCUCCAGGCCUGGAAGGAGGAUUGCCUACAGCCCCUUAAUGAAUCCCAGCGUCUCCUGCUCCUCCGUAAAGACUGCCUGACUGAGUUAAAGACUUUUCUUGAGAAGCAUGGAGCGGCAGCUAUGGCUGUGCGCUGCCUUCACGAGGCAGUGGAGGGCAGUGGGAGCUGGGACCGCUCCAAAGUUGAAGAGCUGCACCGUGGAAUAGGGGAAGAGGCUAAAGACGUGGCCAGGCUUGAGGCUGAGGCAGUCGGGUUAGACGGGCAGCUAAGCAAGGCACACCUUAACCUGAUUGGUGCAGAGUGGCGAGGCUCCAAAGACGUGAGUCAUCCUCAGGGAAGAACAUCUUGCAGGGGACAGGCAGUGGCCCUAACGAUGGCUCUAGAGGAGGUGCAGAGGGGUUUGGGAUGGAGGCAAAGUGAAGCAGACUCUUUAGGGGCAUUAUGGAGCUCCUUCAGGGAGAGGAGGGAGGAAGUGAUGAAGAAUUUGAAGAAAUUGGAGGAUGAAGCGAGGCAACAUGGGGCUAGAGGGAGCUCUGUACAGGCCUUUCAAAACAGGCUGCGUUUUUUCGUCCAGCUGGAGGAUGAGCUCCAGUCCCUGCAGCAUUCUCAGCGGUGGUUAGAGGAGAAGGGAAGCCAGCUGGCCCAGAGAGACAGUGAGCUGGCUGGGGAGGCUCUCAGAGAGGUAGCACUGGUGAAGACAGCCUGGGAGAACGUCAGGACUCUGAUCAACAUUGGUCAGGAACAGAGUGGAGUUGUGGUAGAUCUUCUCCGCCAGUUCAACCACCUGAAGUCAAUCCUCACCACUGUUGUAGAGAAUGCUCAGGCUGUUGCUCACACUCUGCCCGACCACAACCAUAAUGCUCAGGAAGCCAAAAGGACCUACACACGACAUGACACGGCCCAAGCCGAGCUGAGAGAAAAACAGGAAGACAUGGACCAGCUCAUCAGCACAGUGGAGGACCUGCAGAGAGAACUGGAGAAGGUUCCCAACUCUGAUGUGAGCUCCAUCCAGAGAGACAUGGAGACAUUAAGAAACCAGUGGCUAGAGGUCUCAGAGAGAAUACAAACCAACAUAGAGAGACUGGGCUACUGUGUAGCACUUUGGGAAGACCUCAAGUCCAUGGAGCAGGACAUUAACCAAUGGGCUGCCAUCUCCAUCGCUGAUCUCACUGACAGUGUUACCAAUCUCAGUGAUAAAGAGCAGACAGAGGCCCAUCUUGCCACCUUUCAGGCUGAGGUUGAGAAGAGGGAGCAGAGACUGGACGCCCUGCAGGAGAGAGUGACUGAGCUGAAGGAGCGAGCCAAACUGCAGGAAACCCCUUUACAAAUGCAGGUCCUGGAGUCAGACCUGAGGAAGAAAAUGGCCCAUGCGCAGGAGGUGUACAACCAGGCCAAACACACACUGACCUACUUCAGUUUCCAGAAGCAGCGAUUAGAGGACCUCAUGUCCCAGAUGGCCAAGCGGCUGGUGGCAGUUGAGGGUUCCUUAUCUGACCUCACUGAAGCUUCUUCUCCUGAAGACAUUGGUACAGUUAAGGACCUGCAGAGCAUUGUGCAGCAACAGAGGGCAGACAUGGACUUGGCUAGAGAUGCUCUGAGUGCCCUGUGCAGGUCUCAUCCCUCUCAGGAGCUGUCAUGCCUCUCCUCUGACCUCACCUCCAUUGCCAAGCGAACAGAGGCUGUUGCCCAGCGCUGUGCCAAGACCAGAGGCAGCCUGCAGGAUGUGCUACAGCUCCACUUCAACGAGCUUGUCCAAGACUUCCACUCCUGGCUUACAGAUCUGAAGUUGGAGCUGAAAGAAUGUUCUAACCAAUCAGGAGAUGCUGCCAUCCUUAAAGCCAAGCUACAAAGGCUAAAGGUGUCAGUCGAGCGGACAUCAGAGGGUGAGGAGCGUCUCUCUCAGGUUUUUGAGGAAGCCAAGAGGCUCCAGCUCCACCUGCCUAAAGCUGGAGCAGCACAGGUCCAAGAGCAUCUCUCCUCCUGUCAGAGACAGUGGAGGAACUACCUGGAUAGCUGCUCUCAGAGCCAACGAGACUUGGAAGAGAGUAUUGACCUUCUGAAAAACUUUAAUGACUGUGUGGAGAGUAUAAGAGAUUGGCUGAAGCAGAUGGAUCUCAGCCUCAAGAGAGAGCCUGUUCUUGGGGCAGAGUGCCAGCAGGGAGCCCCAGACACCACACACCAAGAGCUGGAGAGAAUGGAAAACCUCCAUAUGGAACUGCAUGCAAGAAGGGACUCCAUCGAGCGUCUCUGCCAGGAGGCUCAGUCUCUGUCUGAAGAUGGCCGGGGGUCAGGAGGAGAGGUCAGAGUGACAGGCCAGCUCCAGACGGAGCACCAGGCCCUGCUGAAGGCAGCCAGGGAGAAGCUGCGAGGCUGCCAAGAGAGCCAGGUCUUUGGAGAGACCCUCCAAGGGCUUUGGGCCUGGCUGGAGGAGAUCCAGGAGAGACUGGGGACAGUAGACAGCACCAUGGGGACCAAAGAGCAGUUAGAGCAGAGGCUGGAGACUGUGCAGGACAUUCUGCUUUUGAAGGGGGAGGGGGAAGUCAAGCUGAAUAUGGCGUUGGGUAAGGGUGAGUUGGCCCUGCGCAGCUAUGGAGCGGCCGGACAGGAAGUGGUCCGCUCUCAGCUACAGGAAGUGGAGGAUGCAUGGGCCACGCUGCUUGUGACUGCCAUGAGCUGCCACAGUCGACUAGAGUGGACCGUGUCACAGUGGGGAGGAUACCUGGAGAGUGCUGCCCAGCUGCGGUGCUGGAUGGAGGCUGUAGAGAGGGAAGUGUGUGCCCCUCUCACCCCCCAGCCAGGGCCCAGAGAAAAGGCCUCCCAGCUAGAGAGACUCAGAGCCCUGCUGGCUGAUCUUGAAGACCACCAGGUGGCGCUGUCCAGUCUGGAAGAAAAAGCCAGAGAACUGUUCAAGAAGACUGGUGAUGCCAGCUUUAAUCAUUGUGCCCGCACCCAGCUGCAGGUGCAGUUUGAUGACCUCACAGCCUUGGUGGAGGAGAGAGUACGUCUAGCGCAGGCCGUGGUGUUGGAACACCAAGAAUACCUGGAGGCUGUUAGGGAGCUCACUGAUUGGCUAAUGACUGCUGGAGAGGAGCUACAUCAUUGGUCUGAUACAUCAGGAGACUCUGCCUCAAUCAAAAAGAAACUGUCAGAAGUGAGGGAGCGCGUGGAGUGUCGGCUACUAGAGGGCCGAGAGCGCCUCAGCAGGGUGCGUCGGAGCGCAGCGUCGACAGCGGAGCACACGGCAGCGGGUGGUUGCGAGGCCAUGGACCGACAGCUGGGGGCGCUGUCCCAAGCUCUGGAGCAAUGGGAGGGGGCAGCCCUGAGGGCCAGGGACGGCCUGGAGGGGGCCCUGGCCGCUGCUGCAGCUUCAGAAGAGGAAUAUGACCGUCUGACUGCCCGGCUGGAGGUCGAGUUGAAAGAGCUGGAUGGACGGCUAAGGGGGUGGAGCCAGGAGCUGAUUAAAGCUGAAAGGCGGAGCAACAGCGAGGAAGCAGUGGAGGGAUGGCAGCUGGCUAAGGAUAUACUGGAGGGCUUGCAGAGCGCCGAGCCGAUGGCAGAGAAGUUGAAAGGCCAACUGAACGACCUGGUGCGAUACUCCAGAGACCUGGGCUCACAAUCAGACCGGGUCACCGCGCUUAUCAAACAGCACAACAGUCUGAGUCUUCGUGCAUCCAGGGAGUGUCAAAAUAAGGAGCGCUUGUUGGAACAGAGAUUCCGUGCAGCAUUGAGAGACUUCCAGCAAUGGUUGGUCAAUGCCAAAAUCAGCACGGCCAAAUGCUUUGAUGUGCCACAGAGUGUCGCUGAGGCCUCCACCGCUUUGGAGAGGAUUCAAGAGUUCUUGAGUGACAGGGAGCAUGGCCAGGCCAGGCUGAGUACAGUAGGAGCCAGUGGGGAGCUGCUGAUGGCUGUGGUAUCCAAAGACAGAGUGGAGGGAAUCAAGGCCAAGGUGGCAAAUGCCAGAGAAGACUGGAAGAGCCUGAUGAAUAACCUGCAGAUGAGGGAGGAUGCACUCAAGAACCUGCAGUCCCAGAUGACAGAGUUUGAGGCCAGUGCUGAGCCUCUGCAGAACUGGCUAAACAGCACAGAGGUCAGAGUUCAGGAGAGCAGUGCUCGGCUAUAUGACCUUCCAGCCAAGAAACAGGAGCUCAGCAAAUUACAGUGUAUACUAGAGGAGAUGGCCAGUCGGGAGGCAGAGCUGGGCAGGCUCAGGGAAAGAGCUCAUUGUCUCUGGGAGGGACAAGCUGCCGGCAAGGGCUUCGUCCACCGUGUAUCCCAGCUGUCAGCACAGUACCUAGCCCUCAGCAACUUAACCAAGGACAAGGCUUCCAGGAUUGAACGUAUUGUAGGAGAGCACAGCCUCUUCUCUCAGGGCCUGAAAGAGCUCCAGGAUUGGGUGUGUGAAGCCCAGAGGGUCCUCAACACCUGCAUCUCCACCACCUCUGACAAGAGCGUGUUAGAGGACCGGAUGUUACAGCUGGAAGCCUUACUGGCUGCUCGUCAGGAGAGGGAGAUCCAGCUAAAGAUGCUUCUGACGCGGGGAGAAGCAGUCCAGAGGAACACUUCGGCUGAGGGGGUCCCAGUGAUUCGCAAACAGAUCCAGGACCUCAAAGACUCAUGGGACUACUUGCUUUCUGCCUCCAUUCAGUGUAAAAGCCAGCUGGAGGGCGCUUUGUCGCAAUGGACCAGCUACCAGGAGGACGUGGGUCAGUUUGUGCUGUGGAUGGACCGUGUUGAGGAGACACUUUGCUGCUCAGACAGACAGUACUCGGAGAUGAGAGACAAGACCGCCAACCUGGGAAAGACCAAGCUUCUCUAUGAAGAAGUACUGAGUCACAGCAGUCCUCUGGAGACCAUUGCCACAAAGGGAUCCAAUAUGGCUGAACAUUACACUACCCAGCAGGAGGUGCAGCAGCUGCAGUGUAGAUACAACACCCUCAAAGAAAAGGCCAAGAAUGCAGUCAGUAAGGCCAAAGGGCUGGUGCUGGUCCAUCAGGAAUAUCAAAGGGGGUUACAUGUAUUUGAGGACUGGCUGGAGCAGGAACAAGCCACUCUGGCCUCAUUGUCCCAUCCAGAGGGAAGCGUGGAUACACUAGAGAAUACACUGCAACAGCUACAGCUCCUACAGGAGCACUGCUCAAAUGGCCAGUCUUUGCUUUCCUCUGUACUGACCAGCAGAGAGAGAGUAAUUCCCUGGGGUAUACCUCAGAUCGAGGACCGAGCACUGGACACCGCUCAGCAGGAGUGGGGGGUCUACCAGGGCCGCCUGGAGGAGACACAGACUCAGCUGAGCUCCACACUGACCAGACUGAAGCAGAUGGGCCAAAGGUUCCUGAGCCUGGCCCAUUGGCUGGAGGAGAUGGAGAAGGUCGCAAACAUCAGACGUCAUCGGCGGUCAGACAGAGGCACCAAGGAGACUCAGCUGAAGAAACUCAAGGGGUGUCUUGAGGCAGUGAUUGCACGGCAGGGAGAAGUUGAUGGCCUCUCCUCUCUGGCCCAGCAGGUUCUGGAGGAAACCUACAUCAGUAGUCGUGUCAGCAGUACUGCUACCCAGCUCACUGCCCGCUACCAUUCCCUGCUGCUAAACAUACAGGAAACUGGACCCGACAGCGUUAGCGCCUCCGUAUCUCUGCAGUGGAAGCGUUGGCUUCAUCGCUAUCGCCACGAUUUAUGUGACUGCCAACGCUCCUGUACGGAGACGUUUGCAGCCCAGAGGUCAGGACAGCAGAUUAGGCAGAAAUGA